AUGCCACACUCUUCCUCUGGCGUCGUCGUCUCGCACAGAUCACCACGAAGCCUGAUUGCGAACCUGAUCACCAACAAAGCAGCCCACUCGCCUUCCUUGCCGCAUCGCCUCCUUGCGAGCCGCAAGGAUGUCAGACAUACACCCACCAUCAUUCGACCAGGACUUGAUGUACGGGUGCUUUCCGACUUUGCUCAGGUGGACCAACACAAGCUCACUGCUUUGCUAGAAGCUAGUUUCGGCAGAAAGCUCGACGCCAAGACCUAUUACCAGCGCUUGACCAAAUCUUGCGACUUUGUUAUUGUCACUGGUGACUAUCAAGGAGCUGCGAUCGUGACUAGGGAGAUGGCACCAACCGACGUGGAAGGUGUGGACGAGCCCAUCGCGUACCUGGACAAGUUUGCGGUUUUGCCAAGUCUGCAAGGUUCGGGAACUGUCGACUUCCUUUGGGGCGCUCUGAGAGACGAGGUGCACGGACUUGGACUUCUCGAUGCGCUCAACGAUAAUGGGGGCGCUGGUGGUUUUGGUGCUGGACGCGAUCUCGUCUGGAAAUCUCGCGCAGACAAUCCGGUCAACAGAUGGUACUACGAGCGCUCGAACGGUUUCAUGAGAAUAGACACGCGCUCUGAAGCGGAAAAGAAAGUUGCUGCCUCAUCUGUUGGGGGUGAGGACACGUACAAACCUGCAUGGAGCAUGUUUUGGUGCGACGCGGAAGAUAGAAUUUCGAGAAUGGCUGGAGAAAGAAGGCUGGGUGCGGAAGCCAGCGCUGAAGACGUUCUUGCGUACGAAGAGGAGCAAUCUCACCGAUCUGCCGCUUCGCGCCGAUCAUCUGCAGCGGAUCGAACAUCUAGGGCAAGCGUGUCCUCCUUUGCCAGGUCGAGCGCAACCGAUAGCCCAGCCGCGCGCAGCGCUCGCAGAAGAGCUGCCCGGCUGCACGCCCUGGCGCAAGGUUACGAGGAGGAUGACGAAGUGCCCGAGUCGUCGACUGGCGCAGCGUACGGUGACCGCCACGACCACCAUUCGCGCUUCUUCGAAGCAGCCCAGAGAGAUCCGAGUACUGGUAGGUUGCUCUCUGAGCUGGACCCCCGUCCUGGCGGCGCUGGAGCUGCUCUACUGCCAAUCGUUGCUCCUGAAGAAAGCGGCCGCUUGCAACGAUGGGCUGCCUGCAUGGCCACCAUACCCACCGCGUGGGCCUGA